AUGCCUCCAAGUCCUUACAAGUCCCUCAAGUAUUAUAGAGAUAUGCUACUUGAAACUCAAUCAGUUGAAAUUAAGCCGAUAAAGGAUCGUGAUCACCCUGAGACCAUCCUUUAUCAUUCCAUAUACAAAGUUCCUUGGAUCCUCAAAUGGUCCUACAGGGUUACCAAGGAUACCAGAAUAUUUGCUCGACAAUUUUCUGUUAAAUGGUGGGAUAAGUUCGAAGUUGACAGAAUUGCUAAAUACGUCUACAAUGAUUUGCCCCAUGAUUCUGCUCCGCCUCCAACUUCCCCCACUGGUUCAACCAAAUCUUCCCUUUCAGUCGAGGGAAAAUCAAAGUCUGACCUACAGGAGAUUGCUUGCCAGUUGAUAAUUCAAGCUUCCCAAAUGGAUGAUGAUGAGGAGAAUGACAAUGACACUGACUCUCCUUCUUCGUCCAGUUGCCAGCCCAUGCAGAGCCCUGCUAAGCCUAAAAGUUGGUACGAAGAUAGUCAAGACCCCUAUGAUGCCUAUGAUUUGAAUUCUGAUUAG